AUGGCUGACUCGAGAAAGCGAAAAGCCGUCACUAAGGAUGUGGAGGAAGACGCUGCCAUUGUCUCGGGCGACGAGUUCGACUUUGCCCAGCUGGACGGGACACUCUCAGAAGAUGAUUCUGACAGCGUCGGUGAAGAAGACGACUUGAGUAGUGAGGGAGAUGACGAUAGCGACGCGGUGUCGAUAAGCACCGAUGAGAUACCUUCUGGAGACACUAGAGAGGCCUCGCAACUGAUCAACAGGGGCAAGCAUUCGGAAGUCGACAUCAGAGUUAACGGCGCAGACAUCGCAACUCCACGAGAAGACCAAGAAGAAAAUCCCAACUACAGAGUUGUCAAGGAUGCCAAUGGGAACGACCGGUUCAUUUACGACGAGAUCGACCCUGGUGAAGACUCGGACUAUUCAGUACCCGAUGACGAGGCAAACACUAUCGGCAACAUUCCCCUGUCGUUCUAUGAUUCCUACCCGCAUAUCGGCUACAAUAUCAACGGGAAGAAGAUCAUGAGGCCAGCAAGGGGAGAAGCUUUGGAUGCAUUGCUCGACAGUAUAGAAAUACCAAAAGGAUGGACAGGCCUGACAGAUCCGUCGACAGGCAAACCAUUGGAGCUUACUCAGGAAGAGCUACAACUGUUGAAAAAGGUGCAGAUGAAUGAGAUCCCGGAAGAUGGGUAUGAUCCGUAUGAACCCACCAUUGAGUGGUUCACGAGCAAGACGGAGGCAAUGCCAUUGAGUGCUGCACCAGAGCCCAAAAGACGGUUUGUGCCUUCAAAACACGAGGCUAAACGUGUCAUGAAGAUCGUGCGAGCUAUCAGAGAAGGGCGCAUCCUUCCCUAUAAGCCUCCCCAAGAAGAGGAAGAGGAAACGGAGGGCAUUCAAAGCUACGAUAUCUGGGCAGAUGAACAGCCCAGACCUGACCAUGCCAUGCAUAUGCCAGCACCUAAACUUCCACCACCUGGCUUUGACGAAAGCUACCAUCCACCACCGGAGUACUUGCCAGACAAGAAAGAAAAGGAAGCAUGGGUGAAGGCUGACGAGGAGGACCGAGAGAAAGACUACCUGCCAACGGACUACACCUCUUUGCGAAAAGUCCCGGGGUAUGAUAGGUUUGUCAAAGAGAAAUUUGACCGCUGUCUGGAUCUUUACCUUGCGCCUCGUGUUCGACGCACGAAACUCAACAUCGACCCCGAGUCUCUGUUACCCAAACUACCCAACCCUGACGAGCUAAGGCCGUUCCCAACGCACGAAGCUGGCAGAUUUCGUGGUCACGAAGGCAGAGUACGCUCUGUUGCCAUCGAUCCUUCUGGACAAUAUCUCGCAACUGGAGGUGAUGAUGGCACAGUCCGGGUUUGGUUGCUCGAGCCGCAAAGACAAAUCUGGUCGGUCACUAUUUCGACCGAUUCUGCUGUGAAUGUGGUCCGUUGGCGACCUGGCAAAGACGCCCCCGUCUUGGCAGCAUGUGCUGGAGACGACAUAUACCUCUGCAUCCCACAUCUUGGAUCCGACCGCAGUCCUGAGAUUGAGGCAGCUCAAGCCAUUCUCGAUGCAGGAUGGGGCUACGGGACAUCUGAAAAUGCAGCCCCCAAAGCCUCCGGUAUCAAAUGGAGCAGGCCAGCUGUUGGUCAGCGCGAUAAAGGCGUUGCCGUCAUCAUUCAUCUUGGCCACACCGCAAAGACUCUGUCCUUCCACUCUGCCGGUAAUCACUUUGUGACGAUCUGUCCUGCCACAACCGUUCCAGCCUCCCAGGCCAUUGCAAUCCACACCAUCAGCAAACAUCAGACGCAGCUACCAUUCCGCAAGAGAUUGCGAGGCGGAGGAACACCUCAAGCGGCACAUUUCCACCCUACGAGGCCUAUUCUAUUCGUUGCCAACCAACGGGUCAUACGAUCAUAUGAUCUCUCCAAGCAAUCUCUGCUCAAGAUUAUUCAGCCUGGUGCCAGAUGGAUUAGUAGUUUCGAUAUCCAUCCUACAAGCUCUUCAACCGCAGGAUCGGACAAUCUCAUUGUGGGCUCCUAUGACAGGCGCCUUCUGUGGAUGGACCUGGAUUUGUCUGCGCGACCGUACAAGACUUUACGUUUCCACGAAAAGGCGAUCAGAACUGUUCGAUUCCAUCCUGCAACAAACCGGUAUCCUCUGUUUGCUGAUGGAAGUGAUGACGGGAGCAUACAGAUCUUCCACGGUCAAGUUACGAGCGACCUGAUGAGCAACGCACAGAUUGUUCCUUUGAAGGUGUUACGGGGUCACAAGAUCGCUGGUGGUUUAGGUGUCAUGGAUCUAGAUUGGCACCCCCAGCAUCCCUGGCUGGUCAGUGCUGGUGGGGAUGGCACAUGUAGGCUUUGGGUUUCAUGA